GUGAAACUACAAACUCCAAACAAAUCCCAAAAGUGGACACAACCGACGAACCCACACAAACUAAAACACAUCCUUCUUCUUCUCUCUCUCUCUUUCCUAAUCCACAUACUUGCAUUUUUAUAUGUAAACACUCUGUCCUUAUAUACUUAUGUAAAUAUCUCGUUCAUACAACCUCACGAAGAAACACCCAUUUGUUUUCUUAUAGAGAGAGAGAGAGAGAGAGAAAAUAUUUUUAAAAGAGAAGAUCAUUUGCUUGUAAAAUGCCAACGUCGAUACAGUUUCAGAGAUCUUCCACCACCGCAGAAGCAGCCAACGCCACCGUAAACAACUAUCUCCACCACCACAAACACGUUCAAAAAGUGAGCCUCACGCGCGGGAUGCCUGAUGUUCCGGAGCACGUGGAGCGUUCCCACACGCACGUGGUUGGUCCUUCUCAGUGCUUCUCCGUCGUGGUACAAGACGUAGAGGCUCCUGCUUCAGCCGUCUGGUCGAUCUUGAGACGCUUCGAACACCCUCAAGCGUACAAGCACUUCGUUAGGAGCUGUCACGUUGCUUUCGGAGACGGUCAUGAGGUUGGAUCGGUGAGAGAGGUACGAGUCGUCUCUGGUCUCCCCGCUGCGUUUAGCUUAGAGCGGCUUGAGAUCAUGGACGAUGAUCGCCACGUCAUCAGUUUCAGCGUCGUGGGUGGGGACCACAGGCUUAUGAACUACAGGUCCGUGACGACGGUGCACGAGUCGGAGGACUCCGACGACGGCGAGAAGAGGACACGUGUCAUUGAGUCAUACGUCGUUGACGUACCGGCGGGUAACGAUAAGGAAGAGACGUGUAGCUUUGCAGAUACAAUCGUACGGUGCAACUUGCUGUCUUUGGCUAAACUCGCCGAGAACACGUCUAAACGCUCGUAAUCACAUUUUUAUAUUUUUCAUUACCCAACUUUUUUUUUUAUUUUUGUUUUAUUUUCUUUAUUCCCUCUUUCAAAAUUUAUCUUCUUCUAUUUUUUGGGAUUCUCGAGGUGGGUUUGGGUUCGAGAUUUAAGUUAUUUAUCUAUCAUCGGGGAUUUUUCGAAACUACACAAAACAAAAAACAACGAAGAAGAUGGUUUUGAUUUUUCGAAGUUAGGGUUUUAGGGUUUGUUAAAAGUGUUACGAUACUUUAAGUUUACCCUUAAAACCAUUUCUUCUUGAACUCUUUUGUACAGUCUCUCGUAGCUCUAAAAUUUAAUAAACAAAACAUUGGUUGUUUAAUUAGGUUUUCUCAUAAUAUUCUUCUCCCCCGGGUUACUUUACAUAUGUAUCUUUGCUUAACCAUGAAAUAAUAUAGUGAUUUUAGCUAA